UGCUCAGAGGUCAGGGAAGGUGGGUUGUGCGGCCAGCCAGCUCCAGGUACUUGGGGAGAGAGCCAAGGCUCGUGGGUGCUUCUCUGGGCGGUCUCCAGCCGGCUCAGCCUGACCUGGGUGGAGGUAGAGGCGGAGCACUGCUUUUUCUGACCUAAGGAGGAGGGGCCGCAGCCAGGCAAGGCCCUUGGCAGCUAAACUGUCACACACGCUGCCCCAGCCCAUCUCCCAAGGCAAGCACCUGAACCGCACUCUGGGACUGAGCCCUGAGCUGCUUUGGGAGCAUCUUCUUGUCUCUGGGACAGCAAGCCCUGUCCCCUAUCACACAGGUCACAUGGGUCCUGGGGUCACCUGUCCGUGGGGCAGCCAGCUCUCUGGCUUCCAGGUGAGGACUUGGACGGAGCCUGUGGUGGCCUUGACCCAGGUGGCCGGCUCCCUCUAUGAUGCAGGGCUACUCCUGGUAGUGAAGGAGUCCUUUGCACCUGGGGCUGGAGGCUCCUCCAAUUACAGUGCCAGCCAGUUGCUCAGGGGGCACCAGGAGGACCAACAGCAGAAGGCCAUCUCCAAUUUCUACAUCAUCUACAACCUUGUGGUGGGCCUGACGCCCCUGCUGUCCGCCUAUGGACUGGGCUGGCUCAGUGACCGUUACCAUCGCAAGAUCUCUAUCUGUACGUCGAUGCUGGGCUUCCUGCUGUCCCGCAUCGGACUCCUGCUCAAAGUGACGCUGGACUGGCCGGUGGAGGUGAUGUACGGAGCAGUGGCACUCAACGGGCUCUGCGGGGGCUUCUCCGCUUAUUGGUCCGGGGUCAUGGCCCUGGGAUCCCUGAGCUGCUCCGAAGGCCACCGCUCCUUGCGCCUCAUCGUCAUCGAUUUGGUCCUGGGCUUGGCCGGGUUCUGUGGGAGUAUGGCCUCGGGGCAUCUCUUCAAGCAGAUCGUUGGGCACUCGGCGCAAGGCCUCCUGUUAACUGCCUGCAGCGUGGGGUGUGCAGCCUUUGCCCUUCUCUACAGCCUCUUUGUGCUGAAAGUCCCCGAGUCUGGGUCGGAACCCAGCAAGGUGUUCGCCGUGGAUACGGUGUCUGGCAUGGUAGGCACCUAUCGAACUCUGGAUCCAGAUCAACUAGACAAGCAGAAUGCACCAGGAAGCCCGCCGACUCCUGGGAAAGGGAAGCCCUCCCGAACCAUUGUUGCCCUGCUAUUUGUGGGAGCCAUCAUCUAUGACCUGGCCGCUGUGGGCACAGUGGAUGUCAUGGCCCUUUUUGUGCUAAAGGAGCCUCUCAGUUGGAACCAAGUGCAGCUGGGCUAUGGGCUGGCUUCUGGGUACAUAAUCUUCAUCACCAGCUUCUUGGGUGUCUUAGUCUUCUCCCGCUACUUCCGGGACACCACGAUGAUCAUAAUCGGGAUGGUUUCCUUUGGGUCUGGAGCCCUUCUCAUGGCCUUUGUGAAGAAGACAUACAUGUUCUACAUUGCCCGAGCCAUCAUGAUGUUUGCACUCAUCCCCAUCACCACCAUCCGAUCAGCCAUGUCCAAACUCAUAAAGGACUCUUCCUACGGAAAGGUGUUCGUCAUAUUGCAGCUGUGCCUAGCUCUGACUGGGGUGGUGACAUCCACCAUAUUUAACAAGAUCUAUCAGCUCACCCUGGAUAAGUUCAGUGGCACCUGCUUUGUUCUAUCCUCGUUUCUCUCCUUCUUGGCCAUUGUCCCAAUUAGCAUUGUGGCCUACAAACAAGUCCCAAGGUCAUCACAAGAAGAGAGUGCAGAGAAAUGAAGAAGCUGAAAACAGUGAUAACCAGGUUCUGCCCAUGAAACCCCAGUUCCGGCCUUCCAAUGACCUGCUGUGGCUCUUGGGUCCCUGGUGGGCGGGAAAAUCACUUUCUGGGUUUUGGAGGAAAUUUUCUAGUUCUCAGAUGCCUCUGCCAGGUAGAGGUAAGGAUCUGUGUGUACAAGCUGCUUGCACGGGCAUCCUAGGUCUUGGAGGGGUUCCAUUCAGCCAGCCCCCUUUCCACCACUGUCUGAAAGGCUUCAAUGGAGCCUUAGGUCACAGGGGCACUAAGCUGGGAGGCGUGGCUACAGCCUGCAUUUCACCAGCCCGAGAGAAUGAACACAGAAUGGACAUUUGUAAAAACUGACAAUAGUUUUGUAUGCUUGGUAACAGUUUUCAAGUUAAUGUAAAAUCUUGGGGGGGGGGGGAAUGAGUUUUCUUGGUUUCCUCGGCUGGAAACAAGAGCAGUGAAAUGCAAGGGAGUGUUGCAUUGUUACCGUUAGGAAGCGAAGAUGAGGACUGGGGCUGAAGCUCAGUUAGUGGAGUGCUCUCCUGGCAUGCACCAGGCCUGAGUUCAAUCUUCCGCACCACAAAAACCAGGUAUGGUUGUGCAUACCUGUACUCCCAGAACUUGGAGGGGGGGGCGGUUGAGGCAGAAAGAUCGCAGGUUCAAGGCUAUUCUUGGCUGUAUUACCAGUCAGAGACCAGCUGGGAAUACACUAGAUCCUGCCUCAAAAAACAGAAACAAACCCAGCAACAGCAAAACCCAGCAAGUGCCAGGAGACUUCCUUAGUGACUUAGCUGACUUUCAGUCAACACUGUCCUGAGUGGAUGGUGUUAAAAGGCAGGGAUGUGCUGCCAGCUUAUUCUGAGUUGUUUAUCCUGAUUGUCUGCUUUGCUUACAAAGCAGAAUCGUCUUCUAAUAAAAUCAAUAUUCACAAUGUAAGCACAAAUCCUUCUUUCUCUGCUAGGCUCCCCCUGUAACU